CCCACACCCACGCCCUCAUUUUGCCACCAGUUUUUCAUUUAUGCUAUCCGAUCCAAUCCUAUCCCUUCCUCGUCCUCAUCAUUUUCAUAUUAUUAAUCACUUGUAUUCAUUCGUUACGGAAAUAGAAUAUAUAUAAGCAAUUUGAACACCAAGAAUUUGUAAUAUAAGUGCAGAAUUGGAUGGGGCGCGUACCGUGCUGCGAGAAGGAGAAUGUGAAGAGGGGGCAAUGGACUCCCGAGGAGGAUCAGAAGCUCUCAUCGUACAUUGCGCAGCACGGGACGAGGAAUUGGCGCCUCAUCCCCAAGCAUGCCGGUCUACAGAGAUGUGGGAAGAGCUGCAGAUUGAGAUGGACGAAUUACCUACGCCCUGACCUCAAACACGGCCAAUUCACCGAGGCGGAAGAACAGACCAUCGUCACUCUCCAUUCAGUCCUCGGAAAUCGGUGGUCCGUAAUCGCGGCACAGCUGCCAGGGCGGACGGACAACGACGUCAAAAACCACUGGAACACGAAGCUGAAGAAGAAGCUAUCGGGAAUGGGGAUCGAUCCAGUCACGCACAAACCGUUUUCGCACCUGAUUACAGAGAUCGCCACGCUGCCGCCGCCGCAGGCCCCCAAUCUGGCCGAGGCUGCCCUAGGCUGCUUCAAGGACGAAAUGCUCCACCUCCUCACAAAGCGGAGGAUCGACAUCCAGCUCCAGCAAUUCACCGCCGUCAAUCCGUCCAACUCCACCGCCAUCGACAACAAAGACGAGACCAUCGAGAAAAUCAAGUUCGGAUUAUCCAAGGCCAUCAAGGAACCGGACAUGCUGCAGAUGACCAAACCCUGGGACGCCGUCGGGACGACGUCGGCGUACGUCGGCGGUAACUUCAACUCCUUCCCAGGAUCAUCGGACGCCGGAUUCCAGUACGAACUGGCGUCGCUGGGGAACGAAGGGGACGCUUCGCCGUGGGGGCAGAGCAUGUGCACCGGGAGCACGUGCACCGCCGCGGAACAGCGCGGCAGCGGUGGGAGGGUCAGUGAGAAAGCCGAAGGCGGACACUUGGACGAAUCCGGUUCGAGGAAAGAUACCAGGAAUGGAUCGAGUGUGUUCAACCCCGACUGCUCCUUGUGGGACCUACCGUCAGAUGAUCUCAUCAAUCCAAUAGUUUAACGGCCAGGAUUUCGCGGAGAAAAAUUCACUUUUUAAAAGACAA